AUGGGCCGGGCUGUGAAUCUAUCUUCCGUGGCGGACAGCAGCCAGAAUUUCGGUAUGAAUCUUGGCAGGAUUGUUCUGAGUAAUGGGCCGGAUAUCGUGGUUUGGAGUUCGAACGAGGAUUUGGAUUACUCAGCCAGAAUCGGGUAUGAUAAAUUGGCUGCUGUAUACCAGACGAAUCAAGUUCAUGACGGCAGCAACAACAGAGUUGUGUUAUCGUUUGCGAAGUGUUGGAAGACUUCGGUACCGUUUCAGAUUAAGGCUUUUGGAUGGCGUAUUUUGCACGACAGAUUGGCAACGAAAAACAAUUUGUUAAUUAGAGGUAUUAUUCAUUCUCCUUCUGAUUUGUUGUGUCCUUUUUGUCUCGACUGUGAUGAAUCUCUUCUCCAUCUACUUUCUUACUGUUCUGUCUCGAGGGAGGUAUGGAGCCGAGUGGCGAUGUGGGCUGGUUUUGUUAACAGAGUCGAGGGCAAUAUCGGGCAGCAUUUCUUAGUGUGGGCAGAUUUCUUUAAGAAGAAAAAAGUCAGAAGCGGUAACGAAGGGAUUGUUUGGUUGGCUGUGUGGUGGACGGUAUGGAGGGCGAGAAAUGAAAUAGUAUUCAAUGACGAAAAAAUUUCUGUUUCGGACUUAAUUUGGGAUAUCAAGAUUCUAGCUUGGAAGUGGUCUUUCAUCCGAAAUAUUUCUUAUACCAAAUGUAAUUUUUAUGAAUUCGCCAAAGAUCCUGUGCGGUUUCUUAGUUAA